AACCGACACAAACAAAACAGCUUCGGCUGCACUUUCGAUUAAACGAGGGAACAAUACAGACAGGCCACAUUGUGCUGUCCUCUAAAGGCCGCCGAUUGUCUUCCCUCAUCGCCAUUUUUCAGCCGACAGACGGCACGGUGUAGUAAUGGACACCGACUACUCGUCCGGCUUGGAAAACCCUCUGUACAGCGAGCUGAAAUACUUCUGUAGGAAGAUCCAGGAGGCCUACAACGAGCUGAAGGAGGAUCUGACACCUUACCGAGAUGACCGUUUUUACAGAUUGGCUCCUAUGCGGCUCUACACCCUGUCCAAAAGACAUUUUGUCUUGGUCUUCGUGGUGUUCCUGAUCUGUUUCGGCCUCACAGUCUUCAUUGGGAUUGCAGGUCCUAGGAUUAUCUCUAAGCAAGAGCACAAUGGGGAACAUUUACUUUCCAAAAACCUCACAGUUAAGACUGGGCCCUUCCAUCUACUUUCUCCUCCUCUAACCACCUACAACCAGCAGCUGUGGCUCACUUGUGCAAUGCAAGCUGAACACAGUAACGUGGGUGACUUCCAGCAGCCUUUCGAGAUCAACGUUGAGCUAAAGGGAGUGAUGCAGGACGCCAGUGUGAUGUAUGUCAACAACGUGCACCAGAGAUCACGAACGCUACACUGCGGAACUAAAUGUGAUGAAAUCAUCGUGCUGCAUCUGGGAUACCUGAACUACACCCAGUACCAGGUCACGGUCGCCUUCAAAGGCCUUGAAAAUAUCACAUAUGAAAUCAAGGUCACCUUUGUGUGGAAAACAUACAAUCCUGUCUUUUCACAAGUGGAGAUCUGGUUCCGGUUUGUCUUUGUGGUGUUGACCUUCAUGGUGACGUGUAUGUUUGCUCACUCACUGAGGAAGUUUUCUAUGAGGGACUGGGGCAUAGAACAGAAGUGGAUGUCUGUCCUGCUCCCACUGCUGCUACUCUACAACGAUCCAUUUUUCCCGCUGUCAUUCCUGGUGAACAGCUGGUUUCCGGGGACGUUGGAUGCAUUCUUUCAGGCUCUCUUCCUGUGUGCCCUGCUGCUCUUCUGGCUCUGUGUCUAUCAUGGCAUCAGAGUGCAGGGUGAGAGGAAAUGCCUGACGUUCUACCUGCCUAAGCUGGUCAUUGUGGGUCUUCUGUGGCUCUCUGCAGUUACUUUGGGAAUAUGGCAAACGGUCAAUGAACUCCAAGACCCUACCUACCAGUACAAAGUGGACAUAGUGAACUUUCAGGGCAUGAAGGUCUUUUUCCUGGUCGUAGUUUGCCUCUACAUCCUGUACCUGAUCUUCCUGAUCCUCAGAGCUUGUUCUGAACUGAAGAACAUGCCCUACUCAGAUCUCCGGCUCAAGUUUUUGACAGCACUGACGUUUGUGGUCCUCGUUAUAAGCAUGGUCAUUCUCUACCUGAGGUUUGGUGCCAAGGCUCUCCAAGACAAUUUUGUGGCUGAAUUAUCUACUCAUUACCAAAACUCAGCUGAAUUUUUAUCCUUCUAUGGCCUACUCAACUUCUACUUGUACACGUUAGCGUUUGUGUAUUCCCCCUCCAAAAAUGCUCUUUAUGACUCCCAGUUGAAGGAUAAUCCUGCUUUCUCUAUGCUAAAUGACUCAGAUGACGAAGUAAUAUACGGGAGCGAUUAUGAAGAGAUGCCUUUACAAAACGGACGUGCUAUUAAAGCAACCGCCAAAUACCAGGAUGAGACUGACAGUGACUGACGGACCUCUGAUUGCUCUUCUUCUGCGUCCCUGUUGGCAACUAUCGGAAUACAAUACAACAAACCGUCAUGUGUACGUGUAAAUAAGGAGUAUUUGCAUCGGUAAUACAAAACCACUAAGUGUACAUAAAUAUAUUUUUAAAAAGUUCCGUGUCUACUGAAUGUACUGUAAUUUUACUGAAAGUGGGAGGCACGUCAAGCUAUUUUCUUCACUGUUCAUGCUUUGUCCCAUUGAAAACGAGAGAAAUGCUUGUCAAAUGGUACAAUCUUUAGCAGUUUGUAGUGUUUAUUUUUCCUUCACAACUAGCAUUUCAUCACAACCUGAUGGCUGUAAAUGAUCGGGAAAAGUGCUAAUAUUAAUUGGGGAUUUGUGUGUGUGUGUGUGUGUAUGUGUGUAAAGGUCAAUCAAUGUUAUUUUUAAUGCUUUCUGUUGAACCACUAUUGCCACUCUAUACUUUGUAAGUGGUUUUUGCCAUUCCUAUCCGCUCUCUUGACAGUUUGAGAAUAACGUGUAUAUCUGGCCAAAGCUGAGUCAACCAGGCUCAUGCUGCAGCAGCCAUAAGUUCACUCUAACAGCCAGCAAAUGACAUGAUUAAUGAAUAAUGGGGAAUUUAAGUGCCAUAGCAGCGUUGGCUGUCGACAAAAACCUCUUUGUUCUCAGACAUGUUAAAAUAAAGAUAACAGAGAGAGCCUUAACUGGAGUAGGUACCACUGACCUCUGACUACUCCGCUUACCAAUUCUUUCCUUGGAAAGCAGCUUUGUAAUUGCACUUGUUUAAGGUUUUUUUUUUUAUUUAUUUUGCUGAAAGUUGAUAACAUUUGAUACUGUAUUGUGAUUACCUGGAUGGAUGGAUGGAUUUUGAUGAAUUACAUGAAUUUUACACUUAAUGAACUACUGAUCUAUCAUAUUAAACAUUUCUUACUUAGAUAUUAUUUUAAGUCAUCUGUUCUUUUUCCACUACACAAUGUUCCUAUAUGUGUAAAAUGAGACACACGCUGCCCUUUCCUGUUUUAUAAAGCUGGAGCUUAUGGACAAAAAUAGCCAAAACAAAAGUGUUUCUGUUCUUUACAAUUAAUAUCUCAACACGUAUUCUUAACAAGAUGGUGCCUUGUCUUUACAUCACCCUGUUUUCUUCCCAAUGGGCUGCAGUCUCAUAUUUGUCAGUGCUUUGACAUACAAUAUAUGUACAUGUUUGAUUAUUUCAGUGUGAAUGUAGCUUUUGUUGGUUUAAGACAGCUAGAUGGGGUUGUUGUGGGUCCUGAUAUGUUGGAAGUUCUUGCAUUAUCUGUUGCUUUAUGAGAUGAAAAGCUGUACAUGUAGCACUCUUGUCAUGUCACUUGUAAAUAAAGCAAAGUAUAUACAGCA